AUGUUUCAAUCAAUUCUUCGAAAAGAAAUUGCUUAUUUUGAUAUACACAAAGCUGGUGAACUAAAUACAAAAUUAACAGAUGAUGUAGAUAAAAUUCAUGACGGAAUUGGAGACAAAAUUGGUUCAGCAUUACAAUUUAUAGCUACUUUUUUUUCUGGAUUAACUAUGGGCAAUUUGACAGUAACGGAAUUAGAAGCUUAUAGUAAAGCAGGAGCAAUAUCUGAAGAAGUAUUUAGUUCAAUUCGUACCGUUCUAGCUUAUAAUGGACAAGAACGUGAAGAAAAAAGAUACGAGAAACAUCUUGAUGAAGCUAAAAUUAAUGGUAUAAAGAAGGGUGCAAUCAGUGGUAUUUUUAUAGGCACUAUGUGGUUCUUUUCCUUUUGUUCAUAUGCAUUAGGAUUUUGGUAUGGAGCAAAAUUAAUUCGAGAUGAAGGAUAUAAGAUUGGUGAUGUUUGCGUUGUAUUCUUUUCGAUUACUAAUGGUAUGUCCAAUUUGGUCCAAACUGGUCCGCAUUUUGAAGCUUUCACUCAAGCACGAGCUGCUGCUUACAUCGUAUGGAAAGCUAUUGAUGCACCAUCUAAGACUAAUAAUGAUUUCGAAACUGGUCUGAAAAAAGAUCAUCUUAUUGGUGAUAUUCAUUUUUCUAAUGUUCAUUUUUCUUAUCCAACACGACCUGAUAUUAAAGUUCUCAAUGGUAUUUCGUUUGAUGUUAAACAUGGUCAAACUAUUGCUCUUGUUGGAUCAUCGGGUUCAGGAAAAUCAACAUGUGUACAAUUAUUACAACGAUUCUAUGAUUUUGAUUCAGGUUCAAUUUUUAUUGAUGAACAUCAAAUCACUGAAUAUAAUUUAAAGUGGUUAAGACAACAUAUUGGUGUUGUUAGUCAAGAACCAGUUUUAUUUCAAGCAACUAUUCGAGAAAAUAUUUUAUUUGGAAAAGAUAAUGCAACGAAUGAUGAAGUUGAAGAAGCAGCAAAAAUAGCUAAUGCACAUGAUUUUAUCAUGACCUUACCUGAUAAAUAUGAAACUCAAGUUGGUGAACGUGGAGCGACACUCUCAGGUGGACAAAAACAAAGAAUUGCCAUUGCUCGAGCAUUGAUUCGAAAUCCGAAGAUUUUACUUCUUGAUGAAGCAACUAGUGCACUUGAUAAUGAAAGUGAAAAAAUUGUUCAAGAUGCUUUGGAUCGUGCUGCUGAAGGUCGUACAACAUUAGUAAUUGCACAUCGUCUAUCGACAAUUCGUGACGCUGAUAAAAUCAUUGUAAUGCAUAAAGGUGAAGUAGUUGAAGAAGGUUAUCAUGAAUUAUUGAUGCGCACUCGUGGAACUUAUUUUGAUCUUGUUGAACAACAAAAUUUACUUAAAGUUGAAGAAAAAGAACAAUUAACAACUAUUGAGAAGCAAGAAAGUAUUGGACCAAUUGCAGUUCAUCAAACUGAAGAAAUUCAAUCAAAUUUCUUAAGAAAACUUGCUUCCACUAUUUCUAAUUCAACAUUACAUAUUAUACAUUCUCUAUAUGGUAAAGAAAAUAAUUCAAUAAUAGAUGAAGAUGCGAAUCAAGCAGAAGAAGAAGAAGAUAUUGAAAUAGAAAAGAAAAAAGUAAAAAAACCUAAUGCUUUUUUACAAAUGUUAAAAAUGAACAGAUCAGAAUGGAAAUUCAUAACUAUUGGAUGUAUUGCAUGUAUAUGCAAUGGUGGUAUGCGGCUAGCAUUGGCUAUUGUUCUAACCAAACUAAUUACGUAUUUUUUAUUUGCUUGUUCGGGUGAAGCUCUAACGAAAAGAUUGCGUUCUAAAAUAUUUCAUACAAUUCUACGUCAAGAAAUUGGUUAUUUUGAUGAUCCAAAUAAUAAUACAGGAGCAUUAUGUACACGUUUAGCAACUGAAGCAUCUGCCGUACAAAGUGCAACUGGUAUUCGUAUUGGACUAAUCUUACAAAGUUUCGCUUCACUUGGUGUUGGCAUUAUAGUUGCUUUUGUGUUUUCUUGGCAAUUUACAUUAGUUAUUCUCGGUUUUGUUCCAUUGUUGAUUGUCGGAGGAUUAUUAAAAAGCUAUUUAAUAACUGGCUUUUCUAGUAAAGAUAAAAAAUUAUUUGAAGAUGUUGGAAAAGUAACAGUAGAAUCUAUACAAAAUAUACGAACAGUUGUACAAUUGACCAAAGAAGAUCAUUUUUACGAAAAAUAUUGUUCAUUCCUUGAAAUCCCUUAUCAAUCAUCUAUAAAACGAGCACAUGUCUGUGGUUUAUUCUUUGCAUUAGCAAAUUCAGUUAUCUAUUUUAUGUUGGCAGCAUUAUUUAGAUUAGGUGCUUAUUUAUUGAGCAUACAUACAACAUCAUUAGAAGAUCUUUUAUUGUGUCUUGGUUGUAUUUUAUUUGGUGCGCAAAGUGUUGGAAAAACAGUAUCAAUGUCUCCGAAUUACACCAAGGCUGUUCAUGCUGCGGAAAAAAUUUUUGAAUUUUUGAAUCGAAAACCAAUUAUGGAUAAUAGUUCACGUGAUGGAGACGAAAUAUCUAAUUUUAAUGGACAAUUCGAAUUUAAUGAUGUCUGUUUCAUCUAUCCAAACAGACCGGAAUCAAUCAUUUUGAGGAAUUUUAAACUUAAAAUCCGUCCUGGUCAACAAGUUGCACUCGUUGGUACAUCUGGUUCUGGAAAGUCAACAGUAAUUCAAUUAAUCGAACGUUUCUACGAUACAAAUAUUGGUCAAUUGUUAAUUGAUUCCAAAGAUAUUCGAAGUCUUAACCUACAAUGGUAUCGAUCACAAAUUGGUAUUGUUUCACAAGAGCCUGUUUUAUUUGAUAUGUCAAUAAGAGAAAAUAUUGCUUACGGUGAUAAUAGUCGAAAUGGUAUUCCCAUUGAAGAAAUUAUUGAAGCAGCUAAAAAUGCUAAUGUACAUGAUUUUAUUCAAAAACUUCCUCAAGGAUAUGAAACUAAUUGUGGUACAAAAGGAACUCAAUUAUCAGGUGGAGAAAAACAACGAAUUGCCAUUGCGCGAGCAUUAAUUCGAAAUCCAAAGAUAUUAUUAUUUGAUGAAGCAACAAGUGCAUUGGAUAGUGAAAAUGAAAAGAUAGUUCAAAAAGCAUUAGAUCAAGCUCAAAAAAAUCGAACAUCAAUUACAAUAGCACAUCGUUUAUCGACAAUUCAAAAUGCAGAUAUGAUUUGUGUUUUACAUAAUGGAACUAUAGUUGAAUGUGGAACUCAUCAAGAAUUAUUUGCUCUUGGUGGUCAUUAUUAUCAUUCAGUACUUGGAAAACUUAAAUAA